AUGUUGGUCACCCCCCGCCUUCUCGCACAGGCUUCGUGUCUAUUCGCAGUAGGCACCUCUGCUUUAGCUCCUCGAGUUGUUCACGAGUCUCGUCGCUAUCUCCCUUCCGGUUGGACACCCGUCCGCCGAGCUGAGCCAAGUAUUGUUCUUCCCUUGCGCAUCGGUCUCGUGCAGCAGAACCUCGCUGACAUCGAGACCUACCUUCUCGAUGUGUCGCAUCCUGACUCGCCCAACUAUGGCGAACAAUGGAGCCCUGCCAAGGUUGCCUCGAUGUUUCGCCCUUCCAGCGAGUCCGUCGACGCCGUCCACGGAUGGCUCGUCGAGAGCGGGGUGGACGCGCCUAGGGUCCGCCUCAGCGCAGGCAGCGGGUGGAUCCAAGUUAACGUGACGAUUGAAGAGGCAGAACACCUUCUGAGCACCGAGUACUACGUGUACGAGUACGGUUCUGGUGAAGGCGUGGAGCACAUUGCUUGUGAGGGAAUGUACCACUUGCCAGAGGACGUCUCAAAGCACGUAGACUUCAUUACGCCAACUCUGCAUUUUGACGCCAAGCCGAAGAGGAACCCGGAGCUCAAGAAGAGGAUUUCUGCACGGCAGGUCAACGCCAACGUCAGCAUCGCGAAUAUCAGUUCGAUCUACCCCAAGACUACUGGGACAGCCAAAAGCGUAUUCAACAACGUCAACUAUUGUGACGAGCAGAUUAUACCGGACUGCCUUCGUGCUCUUUAUAACUUCAUUUACGAGCCCACCGUCGCUGACAACAAUUCGAUCGGGAUUGUCGAGUAUACGCCAAACGUCUAUGUUCCAAGCGACCUCGAUGAGUUCUUUGACGAGUUCUCUGUGAGCCAGGUUGGCGAACGACCGAUCUUGUACAGUAUUGAUGGUGGCUACCUGCAAACAGUGUAUACGGGCUUCUACUUCAAUGGCGAGUCGAAUCUUGACUUGCAGUACGCCAUGGGACUCCUGGGUCCUGAACAGUCCGUCAAUCUCUACCAGACCGGAGAUAUGGUUGAGGGGGCUUCAUUCAACAACUUUCUCGAUGCCCUCGAUGGCUCAUACUGCACAUUUGAGGGUGGAGGCAACCUUGACUACGACGCAGAAUACCCUGAUCCAUAUGGCGGGUACCAAGGACCGGAGGCUUGCGGGACCAUCCCCAAGAGCUAUGUCAUCACGACGUCGUACGGGUACAGCGAGGCGCAGUUGACGCCGGCGUACGUGGAACGCCAGUGCGCCGAGUAUGCAAAGCUCGGUCUCAUGGGAAUAACUGUCCUCUACUCUUCCGGAGACGAUGGUGUCGGGAACGCCGGACUAUGUCUCACGGACGAUGGCGAGCUAUCCUACAACCCGUAUGCGACACGGUUCAACCCCAGUUUCCCCGGCGGGUGCCCGUACAUCACGAGUGUCGGCGCAACGCAGAUUGUUCCUGGAAACACUGUAUACCAACCGGAGGAGGCAUGUGAGACCGUGAUCUACUCCGGCGGGGGUUUCUCCAACGUCUUCCCGCUGCCCAAGUACCAAGAGAAAGCCGUGAAGAACUACCUGAACAAGUAUCCGCCCGGGUACCCCGCAGACACGUACAACUGCACGUCCCGUGCGUUCCCAGACCUCUCUGCGAACGGUGCGAACUACCUGGUCGUCGUACAGGGCGAGUACUACAUGGUGUACGGCACCUCCGCAUCUUCGCCCGUCACCGCCGCGAUCCUUACCGCGAUCAACGACGCGCGCUUCGCCGUCGGGAAGAAGUCGAUCGGGUUCAUCAACCCCGCCAUCUACACGGAACCCUUCAUGCAGGCGUUCAACGACAUCGUCGCCGGGUCCAACCCCGGGUGUGGCACGGAGGGCUUCUAUGCGCAGCCGGGCUGGGACCCCGUUACCGGUGUGGGCACGCCCAACUUUGUGAAAUUGCUCGAGCUGUGGUUACUGCUACCGUGA